CAUCGGUCACAACUCACACCCAUCUCGAUCUAGAUCUCAGAAAAAAUUCAAGAGUUCGAGUCCUCAACAUGGCCAGAACCAAGCAAACAGCCCGAAAGUCCACCGGUGGCAAGGCCCCAAGAAAGCAGCUAGCAACCAAGGCAGCCCGAAAGUCCGCACCUGCAACAGGAGGAGUCAAGAAGCCCCACAGGUUCCGCCCAGGAACAGUGGCGCUGAGGGAGAUCCGGAAAUACCAGAAGAGCACAGAGCUCCUAAUCCGUAAACUCCCCUUCCAGCGAUUGGUCCGCGAAAUAGCUCAGGAUUUCAAAACAGAUCUCCGCUUCCAGAGCUCCGCUGUAGCUGCUCUUCAGGAGGCUGCUGAGGCUUACUUGGUUGGGCUUUUCGAGGACACCAAUCUGUGCGCGAUUCAUGCAAAGAGAGUCACCAUCAUGCCUAAGGAUAUUCAGUUGGCGAGGAGGAUUAGAGGUGAGAGGGCAUAGGCUGAGGGUUGGCAUGUGAUUUUCGUUUUUGCCAGGGUUAAAAUUGUAACUGGAGAAAUAGAUGUUGUUUCUUAAUGAAAACUUGGAAUUUCAUGGUUCCUUUCUGUGCCUCUUUUGUAGCGUAAUUAGUGCUCUGUAAUGACAAUUAUUUUCUGUGAUUGUGGGUA